GCCGUUAAUUUGUCAAACACGAAGCUGUGCGUUUCGAUGCCUUUAAUCGCGCGCACGCAAUUGAAGGCUAGCGUGCGAUGUUCUUCCCAAUUUCGAUUUUCCUGGAAAAAGGAAACAGAUAAGAAACGAACAAUCGCACCGACAUUAACUGGUAAAUAAGCUUACAAAAUUCACACAGAUCCACUUAGAAAUUUGGAUUACAGUUAGAUUCUCUCAGCGGAUCCAAAACACACUUCAAUUUUCUUCAAGGAAAAUAUUGAUGGAAGGAGUUGAGGGCGGCGAUGCUGGGUCGGCGGUGGCGCCGUUGGCGAAGUGGAGAGACGAAUUUUCAAGGACAUUUCAAUACUACUUGGACCGGUCGACCCCGAACCCGGUUCACAGGUGGCUGGGGACUCUUGCCGUGGCAGUGGUUUACGUGCUCCGAGUUUACUAUAUUCAAGGGUUCUACAUUGUGUCAUACGGCCUGGGAAUCUAUAUCUUGAAUCUGUUGAUUGGGUUUCUGUCACCAAAGGUUGAUCCAGAGCUCGAAGCGGACGGGGCUUCCCUGCCAACCCGAGGUUCCGAUGAGUUUAAGCCGUUCAUUCGCCGCCUCCCCGAGUUCAAAUUCUGGUAUUCCAUUACAAAGGCUUUCUGUAUCGCCUUUCUGAUGACCUUCUUCUCUGCGUUUGACGUCCCUGUUUUCUGGCCCAUUCUCCUCUGUUAUUGGAUCGUUCUUUUUGCUCUUACAAUGAAGCGCCAGAUAAUGCACAUGAUUAAGUAUAAAUAUGUACCGUUCAGCAUCGGAAAACAGAGGUAUACAGGGCAGAGACCUGCUGCAGCGAACUCAGACUGAAGCUUUGGUCGAAUCAGUGAACGAAAGAAGUGCAGUGUUCGAAUGUUUUUAGUUUUUCUGCACACUUUUUCAUGUUAAUACUCGCAAAGUUCAUAGAUAUGUUUGAAUUUUGCUCACUAUUAGGAUAAUUUGCUUACUAUUAGUACUUAAUGAGCCGUGAAAACUUGCAUAAAUUGAUAAUUCUCACUUGUCACUAACCUGUUCGAUAUCUACCUGUACUUUCGUUCUUCUUCCGCUGUACUUGCUGCUGAAUUACUGAAUGCCAAGUUUUGAGUA